CGCUCCAGACGUGUUUGGGACACCAUCUGGAGCGUAUACUAUACGUCGUAUAGUGAGUCUCACAAGCUACAUAGGACACGAACCGCACCUUAGCUCGCGAUCAAAGCAGGUUCAAGCUUGCCAAUCUCCGCGUGACAUCUGCGGCGUUCCGAGCUCGUUCCAACUCAUUUCCACUCCCCCCAGUCGCCGGCCACGUGACGAGAGCAUGCACUACAAAACGCACAUGCCGGCGCGGUUCUCCAUCGAUGACCAGAUGGCCGAGGUGCGGCGCCUCACUCGACACUUGUAGAAGAAUUCCCUGAUAUGUCCUGACCUCUCUUGUUCUUCUCGACUGCAGGCGCUGGCAUCGCAGGAGCUCAUGGGCAGCCGCCAGCGAAAGAACUUCCUCAAGCUUUUCCGCAAAUACUCUAAGGUCAAGAAGACCUCCAUCGACUGGAACUCAGUGAAGCCACCGACUAAUGGCAUGCUGACGAGCAACUCGUCGGUGGAAAGCUGCCCUAACGACAUGAACCUUCGUCACGAGCUGUUGGACAAGCUGGUAUACUCUGAUUACGUGGCUUUUAACGUGGUAAUGACGAUGCAGGAGUAAUAUUGAUUGUUUUGCAUGUUUGCACAGGUCAUUUUGAAACUCAAUGGCGGGCUCGGUACGACGCUGGGCUGCGAAGGACCCAAGAGCGCGAUCGAAGUGCGCCAGGACCUGUCCUUCCUUGAUCUUACUGUGCGCCAAGUGGAGUAUUUGAACAGCGUGUACGGUGUGGACGUGCCGCUGGUGUUCAUGAACUCGUUCAACACCCACGAGGAGACUGUACGCAUCAUCCGCAAGUACCGUAUGCACAAUCUGAGCAUUCACACGUUCAACCAGAGCUGUUACCCGUUCAUCAUCAAGGAGACGAUGUUGCCGCUGCCGAACACUAAGUAUGACCGCUCUACACGCGAGAAGUGGUUCCCACCUGGCCACGGUGACGUUUACAAUGCAUUGUUUGAGUCCGGAUUGCUGGAAAAUCUAAUUAACCAAGGCAAGGAGUACAUCUUCAUCUCGAACGUGGACAAUCUUGGCGCCACAGUGAACCUGGACAUGCUCUACCACAUGAUCAACGAGGACUCUGAGUUUGUGAUGGAGGUGACCGAGAAGACCCGCGCUGAUGUCCAGGGAGGCACACUGGUGAGCUACAAGGACAAGCCUCAUCUCCUAGAAGCCAGCCAGGUGCCACCGGGCCAUUUGGACGACUUCCGAGCCAUCAACAAGUUCGAGACGUUCAACACAAACAACCUGUGGGUCAAUCUACGCGCAAUCCAGAGGCUGGUAGCUCAAGAUCUCAUCGACAUGGAGCCUCUCGUGACUUUCCGCACUGUAAGGAACCACAAGGUUGUGCAGCUGGAGACAGCAGCAGGUGAGGCGAUCCACCUUUUUAAGAACUUCAUCGGACUUAAGGUGCCUCGCUCGCGUUUCCUGCCGGUCAAGUCCUCGUCGGAUCUCUUCCUCGUGCAGUCAAAUCUGUACCAGAUUAAGCACGGUAGUCUGAUCAUGAACCCGGCACGAACCACACCUACGAUCCCCAUCGUGAAGCUUGGGCUAGAGUUUCAGAGCGCAAAGGAGUACCUGGCACGCUUCGAGCACGGCAUCCCGAACAUCACGGAGCUAGACCACCUCACAGUCGCCGGCGACGUCAAGUUCGGGUCCAAUAUCACACUCAAGGGAACGGUGAUUCUUGUAGCGAAUGAAGGUGCUCACAUUGAUCUGCCGGACGGAACGGUGCUAGAAAACAAGGUGGUGACUGGCAAUCUGCGCAUCUUGGAUCACUAAGCGCAGAGAAGGACCGAGAAUAAAGAGUGUGCGUAUUUGUACUUGAUGCGCUGGAGGCAGAGGAGACUGUAGGCGAUGAAUACAUGCAAAUGCCUUGCCCCCAUAACUUUUUUCUGUUAUACAAUGAGAUUACAUUCCUAGCUUUCGUAUGCGAAAGCUCCCAAUUUGUCCAAUGCCUA